UUGUUUUUAGUUGGUGAAAUUUGUAUGCAGUCUGUUGUUUAACUACUAGUUGUGUGACAAUGUUAAUUUUCUAAUUUUGAUAACUGAUAGUUAUGUAAGAUAUUAACAUUAAGGGAAGCUGAGCGAGGGAUAUAGGAAUUUUCUCUACUAUUUUUGCGAUUUUUCUUUAAUUCUAAAAUUAGUUCUAAAUAAAAAGGGUGCUGUUUGCUUGUUUUUUUUAAAAGAGAGAAUGUGAGCUGGGGUAAGGGGCAGAAGGAGGGAGAGAGAGAGAGGGAGAGAGAAUCUUAAGCAGGCUCCAUGCUCAAUGCAGAGCCCAGUGUAGAGCUCGAAGCAGAGCUUGAUCCCACAACCUUGGGAUCAUGACUUGAGCUGAAAACAAGAGUCAGACUUUCAACAGACUGAGUCACCCAGGCGCCUCUAAAUAAAGAGUUUUUAAGAAUCAACACAAACUAGAACAAAACUAUUUGCACUACAUGUACUAAAGACCAAUUUUUCAUAUACAUCAGUAGGAAAACAUAGACAUAGAUAAAAAUGUGCAGAGGAUAUAAACAAGAAUUUAUGGUAAAAGAAAUAUAACCAAUAACUGUAUGAAAAUGUACAACCAUUUGCAUAGUUCAAGAAAUACAAGUCUGAGUUUUUUACUUUUUAGAAGUUAACUAUUAAAAGGUAUAAUAUCCUGUCACUCUCACAUAUAGCAUCUGAAUUGUCUAAGUCUGUAUAUACCUUUUAGAAGAUAAGUUUUUUUCUUCUGUUAGAAACUUACCCUAUACCACUUAUAGCAGUGAGUUCAUUGUGGUAGUGUUUCUAAUAGGAAAAAAUGGCCCAGCAGUAGUAUAGCUGGUUAAAUAAUGAGCUAUCUAUUUAUAAUGGAUUUCAUAUAACAUUGAGCAAGAUAGAUCUGUAUUAGCUCUGGGAAGAGUUCCAGGUUAUACAAUUAACUGAAAAGUGAGAUACAGAACAUGUAUAUGUUAUGAACGCAUUUGCAUAGUUUUUCUAAGUAUGUAGGUAUAUGCAUAAAAAUUACUUUUGGAAGGAAAAAAGAACCUUAGAAGUGUCUUUGUUGGGAAGGAGAGACCUGGACUUUAUGGAUGGGGGAAGGAGAGACCUGGACUUUAUGGAUGGGGGAUAAUUUAUUUUAUACUUUUUUCUUAAAUCUCAUUUUAAAAAAUCAGAUACAUAUUUUAUUUAAAAAAUAAAAUUGCAGCACAAAAACAGAUCACUGGAACAGAAUACAGAACCUACAAAAGGACCCACAAACGUAUGGCCAACUAAUCUUUGACAAAGCAGGAAAGAAUAUCCAAUGGAAUAAGACAAUCUCUUCAGCAAAUGGUGCUGGGAAAACUGGACAGCGACAUGCAGAAAAAUUAACUGGAUCACUUUCUUACACCAAAUACAAAAAUACACUCAAAAUGGAUGAAAGACCUAAACCUAAGACAGGAAGCUAUCAAAAUCCUAGAGGAGAGAAAGCAGGCAAAAACCUCUUUGACCUCGGCCACAGCAUCUUCUUACUCAACAUGUCUCUGGAGAUCAGGGAACCCAAAAUAAAAAUGAACUACUGGGACCUCAUCACAAUAAAGAGCUUCUGCACAGUGAAGGAAACAAUCAACGAAACUAAAAGGCAACCAAUGGAAUGGGAGAAAGUAUUUGCAAACAACAUAUCAGAUAAAGGGUUGGUAUCCAAAAUUUAUAAAGAACUUAUCAAACUCAACACCCAAAAAACAAACAAUCCAGUGAAGAAAUGGGCAAAAGACAUGAACAGACACUUCUCCGAAGAAGACAUCUAGAUGGCCAACUGACACAUGAUAAAAUGCUCAACAUCCCUCAUCAUCUGGGAAAUUUAAAUCAAACCACAGUGAGAUACAACCUCACACCCAUCAGAAUGACUAACAUUAACAACUCAGGCAACAACAGAUGUUGGCGAGGAUGUGGAGAAAGAGGAUCUCUUAGGAUCUCUUUUGCAUUGCUGGUGGGAAUGCAAGCUGGUGUAGCCACUCUGGAAAACAGUAUGGAGGGUCCUCAAACAAUUAAAAAUAGAACUACCCUAUGACCUAGCAAUUGCACUACUAGUUGAUCACAGCCGAGUUAAGUUGACUUUAAAGACUCCUUCUCAAGAUUCAGACUAUAUCAAUGCAAAUUUUAUUAAGGGUGUUUAUGGGCCAAAAGCGUAUGUGGCAACCCAAGGACCGUUAGCAAAUACAGUAAUAGAUUUUUGGAGGAUGAUAUGGGAGUACAAUGUUGUAAUCAUUGUAAUGGCCUGUCGAGAAUUUGAGAUGGGAAGGAAAAAAUGUGAGCGCUAUUGGCCUUUGUAUGGAGAAGAACCUAUAACAUUUGCACCAUUUAAAAUUUCUUGUGAAGCUGAACAAGCAAGAACAGACUACUUCAUUAGGACACUCUUACUUGAAUUUCAAAAUGAAUCUCGUAGGCUGUAUCAGUUUCAUUACGUGAACUGGCCAGAUCAUGAUGUUCCCUCAUCGUUUGAUUCCAUUCUGGACAUGAUAAGCUUAAUGAGGAAAUACCAAGAACAUGAAGAUGUGCCUAUUUGUAUUCAUUGCAGUGCAGGCUGUGGAAGAACAGGUGCCAUUUGUGCCAUAGAUUAUACAUGGAAUUUACUAAAAGCUGGGAAAAUACCAGAGGAAUUCAAUGUAUUUAAUUUAAUACAAGAAAUGAGAACACAAAGGCAUUCUGCAGUACAAACUAAGGAGCAGUAUGAGCUUGUUCACAGAGCAAUUGCCCAACUGUUUGAAAAACAGCUACAACUGUAUGAAAUUCAUGGAGCCCAGAAAAUUGCUGAUGGAGUGAAUGAAAUUAACACUGAAAAUAUGGUCAGCUCCAUGGAUCCUGACAAACAAGAUUCUCCUCCUCCAAAACCACCAAGGACCCGCAGUUGCCUUGUUGAAGGGGAUGCCAAGGAAGAAAUACUUCAGCCACCAGAACCUCAUCCAGUGCCACCCAUCUUGACACCUUCUCCCCCGUCAGCAUUUCCAACAGUCACUACUGUGUGGCAGGACAAUGACAGAUACCAUCCAAAGCCAGUGUUGCACAUGGUUUCAUCAGAACAACAUUCAACAGACCUCAACAGAAACUAUAAUAAGUCAGCAGAACUUCCAGGGAAAAAUGAACCAGCUAUUGAACAGAUGGAUAAAAAAUUGGAGCGAAAUUUAAGUUUUGAGAUUAAGAAGGUCCCCCUCCAAGAGGGACCAAAAAGUUUUGAUGGGAACACACUCUUGAAUAGGGGACAUGCAAUUAAAAUUAAAUCGACUCCACCUUGUAUAGCUGAUAAAACCUCUAAGUCCCAGGAAUUGAGUUCAGGGGAUCUUAAAGUAGAUGAUAUUUCUCAGAAUUCUUGUGUGGACUGCAGCGCAACACAGUCAAAUAAAGUUCCGGGUGUUCCACCAGAAGAAUCACAGAAGAAUUCAGGCACACCUCCAAGGCCAGACCGCUUGCCUCUUGAUGAGAAAGGACAUGUAAUGUGGUCUUUUCAUGGACCUGAAAAUAUCCUACCCAUGCCUGAGUCAUCUGAAGGCAAAUCCUCAGAUCUCCACUGUCAAACGAUGAAAACUGUGAGUUUAACACCAAGCCCCACAACACCAGUUGACACCCAUGAUCCUGCAGAUCAUCAUAACAGCUCGCCUCUCUUUAGAGCACCCCUCAGUUUUACUAAUCCUCUUCACUCUGAUGACUCGGACUCAGAUGAAAGGAACUCUGACGGUGCCAUGACCAAGAAUAAAACUAGUAUUUCAACAGCAAGUGCCACAGUUUCUGCUGCCACUAGUACUGAAAGCAUUUCUACAAGGAAAGUAUUGCCAAUGUCCAUUGCUAGACAUGAUAUAGCAGGAACAAUACAUUCAGGUGCUGAAAAAGAUGUUGAUGUUAGUGAAGAUUCACCUCCUCCCCUACCUGAAAGAACUCCUGAAUCCUUUGUGUUAGCAAGUGAACAUAAUACAUCUAUGAGAUCUGAAUGGAGUGAACCUCAAAGUCAGGAACAGUCCGAACAAAAAAUAUCUGAAGGCUUGACAACCCCUGGAAGUGAAAAAUGUGAUCAUCCAGCAGGAGGUAUUCACACAGAGACUUGUACAGAAUGUCCACCUAUUUUCAGUAACAAGAAAGACCAACUAUCAGAAAGUCCAACAGAGGCCACAGAUAUUGGUUUUCGUAAUCGCUGUGGAAAACCCAAAGGACCAAGAGAUCCACCUUCAGAAUGGACAUGAUUCAGGGAGCUAACAGACACUUUAAAUUAGACUGGAAAAUUCAAGUGCCACUGAAAGCCAGAUUUAUAGUAUUCCAUCUUAAAAACGUGGGACUAACAGCAGUGUAGAUUGUUGCCUUAGUAUUUUUUUUUGCUAGGACCAUCUACCUGCCUUAUACUACACUUAGGAAAAAGUAUUACAUAUGGUUUAUUUUGUAACUUCAAGUAUUAUUGCCUUAAUGUCUCUUAACCCUGUUACACGCUGCUUGUAGACAUGUUAAUAUAGUAAUACUUUUAUGAUAAAUUGAGUUUAAGGACUACUCUUUUGCUAAUGUUUUAUCAUGUAUGCAUUAUUUUGUAUAUGUACAGGGCAAGUAGGUAUAUAAUUUGAUAAAGUUGCAGUCAUAAAAUAUUAUUAACAGAAGAUGUAAGAAAUUUCUGCAUGGUCUAAAUCUUUGUGUACCUUAUUUGUAAAUUAUUUGCCCUGAAGUUUUAGAAAAUAGUUUCUGAAUUUUAAAAUUGCUGGAUUCAUGCAGCCAGCGUUGCAGGUUAUCAGAGAUCAAAGAUUGUAAUAAUAAUACAUUUUGUAAAUUGUAAGCAAAAAGUUAUUUUUAUAUUAUAUACUGUCUAAUUGUCCA